GAAAGCGAGAAAAUAACGUAGACAUCUUUACGCCGAUAGUCCUGUGUUCGGCGGCGGCUGCGGCUCCCCGGCCCCACGAGAGUUUUUGGACAGAGGUUUUUUUUUUUUUUCUCGCCACAGUGCUAUGCCCACGCCGCCCGGACGUGACGAAGAUCACUCCGAAGACCAAGAGAUGGCCACCGAAGAAGCAGAAGACGAUUCUUUAGCCGGUUCGGAAGCGGCGGAGGAGGACGAGAACGACGAAGACCCGGGCGGGCGCGGGGGCGGCGGGGGGGCCAGCCAGGAGUCUGACGGGGCAUCGACCAGGGCUCCCCCGACGCCGAACCUGGGCAGUUCGGGUGGCGGGGUCGAGGAAGACCCCGAGGGCCCGGGCGGGGGGCCCGACGAGGACGAGGAGCCCCCUGAGACUCCCCCCAAGCCCAAGAAAACCAAGGGCAAGAAGCGCAAGGGCAAGAGCGGGGACGGAGAGCGCAAGAAGGGCAAGAAGAAGAAGAAGAAGCGGGCUGCCUCUGAGGAAGACGACCAGGACAGUGACAGUCAGCUCCUGGGGGCCCAGUCGGAUAACGACAGCGACUAUGUCAUCGACAGGAAGACCGCCAAGAAGCCCCGCAUGGAAAAGCAGGCUCCGGAGCCCCCUCCGGCUCCCGCUCCGGAGCCGGAGCAGCACAAGAGCUCGACGGAGGUGUGCGCGGAGCUGGGCCUGCAGGACGUGCCCAUGGAGUACACGGACGCGGACUACCAGAACCUGACGAGCUACAAGCUCUUCUCGCAGCACGUGCGUCCCCUCGUCACCAAGGCCAACCCCAAAAUCGCGAUGGCCAAGAUCGUGCUGCUCAUCUCGGCCAAAUGGCACGAGUUCCUGCGGGACAACCCCAAUGCGGACGACGCGCUCGACGAGGACGACCGCCCCGUGCGCCAAUCGAGGGUGGCGCCCUCUGCCGCUUCCGCCGCUUCCUCCUCCAAGGACAACGAUGGAGAGCGGUCGAGUCGGAGCAAAACCAAAAAGAAGAAGUCGGUGCCCCUGCUUAAGAUCAAGCUAGGUGGCAUCGGCAAGCGCAAGAAGCAAAGCUCGGAGGAAGAGAACAGCGUGAGCGACCAGAGCGACGCUGACUUUGAGGCUGCGCUGGAAGAGGCGCAGAAUAUGACUCCUCCCCCUGCCAAGAGCGACAAGGCCUCCUCGUCCUCCUCCAAGAAGGGACGCGCCAAGAAGGCCAAGAAGAAGAAGAAGACCAAGACCACUGCGAGCUUCCCAAACUCGGACGCCGAGAACGACGGCUACGAGACCGACCAUCAGGACUACUGUGAGGUGUGCCAACAAGGGGGUGAAAUCAUAUUGUGCGACACGUGUCCACGUGCCUACCAUCUGGUCUGCUUGGAGCCAGAGCUGGAGGAGCCCCCCGAGGGAAAAUGGAGCUGUCCCCAUUGCGAAGGGGAAGGCAUCCAGGAACAGGAGGAAGACGAGCACAUGGAGUUCUGCCGGGUGUGUAAAGACGGUGGCGAGUUAUUGUGUUGUGACAGUUGUCCUGCGGCCUUCCACACCUUUUGUCUGAACCCCCCUCUGAAAAACGUCCCCACCGGAAAGUGGAACUGUCCACGCUGCUCGGUGGAGCCACUCAAGGGCAAGGUUCAGAGAAUCCUGUUCUGGCGCUGGGCCGAGGUGAAAGGCGACGCAAGCGGCCCUGACGUCAAGAAGGAGGAAGGCGGGAAGGCCGAGGACCCCUUGACCAGCACCCCCUCGACAUCGUCUGCGGCCCCGCAGCCGUCGACGAGCAAGAAGCCGCAGCCCAAGCCGCUGCGCGAGUUCUUUGUCAAGUGGCACGACAUGUCCUACUGGCACUGCUCCUGGAUCUCGGAGAACCAGCUGGACGUGUACCACCCGGGGCUGUACCGCAACUACUGCCGCAAGAAUGACAUGGACGAUCCCCCACUGCCGGACGAUGGGAGCAACGGCAGCAGCGACAAGAGCAACCGGGAGGAGAAGCACUCGGGCAGCAAGAACUACCAGAACCUGGAGGAGAAGUACUACCGCUACGGCAUCCGGCCCGAGUGGCUGCAGGUGCACCGGGUGAUCAACCACCGCACCCUCAAGGACGGCUCGACCCUGUACCUGGUCAAGUGGCGGGAGCUGUCGUACGACCAGUCGUCGUGGGAGGCACCCGACGACCCCGGGGAGUUUGAGAUCCCGGAUCUCCAGAAGGCCACCCAGGAUUACUGGGACCUGAGGGCCUCCAUGGAGGCACAGGACGCUCCCCCCACGAGCAAGAAGGCCUCUGGGGGGAAGAGCAAGUCUAAAAGCAAAAAGUCUAGGGAUCUCCGGGACGAGGACUCCCGUGGAGGGGGCCGGGGCUCCCCGAUGCCCGAGCGGGCCCCCGUGGACCCCAAGAAGAAGUAUGAGGUGCAGCCCCCCUUUGUGGUGGAGAACGACAAUGAGCUGCACCCGUACCAGCUGGAGGGGGUCAACUGGCUCCGCUUCUCCUGGGCCAACCACACGGACACCAUCCUGGCCGACGAGAUGGGGCUGGGCAAGACCAUCCAGACCAUCGUGUUCCUUUACUCCCUCUUCAAGGAGGGCCUCUGCCGGGGCCCGUUCCUGGUGAGUGCCCCCCUGUCGACCAUCAUCAACUGGGAGCGAGAGUUUGAGCUAUGGGCGCCGGACUUCUACGUGGUGACCUACAUUGGGGACAAGGACAGCCGGGCCGUCAUCCGGGAGCACGAGUUCUCCUUCGACGAGAAGGCCGUUCGGAACCCCAACAAGGCUUGCCGCAUGAAGAAAGACGCUUCGGUGAAGUUUCACGUGCUGCUGACUUCAUACGAGCUGGUGUGCAUCGACGCCACCAUCUUGGGCUCGGUGGACUGGCAGGUGCUGGUUGUGGACGAGGCCCACCGGCUCAAGAACAACCAGUCCAAGUUCUUCAAAGUCCUGAACAACUACAAGAUCAACUAUAAGCUGCUGCUCACAGGAACACCCUUGCAGAACAAUCUAGAGGAGUUGUUCCACCUUUUGAACUUUCUCAGUCCACAAAACUUCAAUGACCUUCAAGGCUUCUUGAACGAGUUUGCUGACCUGGCCAAGGAGGAGCAGGUGAAGAAGCUUCACGAUUUGCUGGGAUGCCACCUUUUGCGGCGGCUGAAAGCAGAUGUGCUGAAGGGAAUGCCCUCGAAGAGCGAGUUUAUCAUCCGUGUGGACCUGACACCACUCCAAAAGAAGUACUACAAGUACAUCCUGACGCGCAACUACGAGGCCCUCAACGCCAAGGGGGGCAGCCACUCCGUGUCCCUCCUCAACAUCAUGAUGGACCUCAAGAAGUGCUGCAACCACCCCUACCUCUUCCCGGCUGCCUCACAGGAGGCACCGCGGAUGCCCAAUGGCGCCUACGAGGGCUCGGCAUUGACCAAGGCUUGCGGCAAGCUCAUCUUGCUGCACAAGAUGCUGCGCACGCUCAAAGAGACUGGCCACCGGGUUCUCAUUUUUUCACAGAUGACCAAGAUGUUGGACAUCAUGGAAGAUUUCCUGGAGGCAGAGGGCUACAAGUAUGAACGCAUUGAUGGUGGGAUCACUGGCAGUCAACGGCAAGAAGCCAUAGACCGUUUUAAUGCACCCAAUGCUCCCCAGUUCUGCUUCCUCCUCUCGACGAGGGCGGGCGGUCUGGGCAUCAACCUGGCUACAGCAGACACAGUAAUCAUCUACGACUCGGACUGGAAUCCGCACAACGACAUCCAAGCGUUCAGCCGUGCCCACCGCAUUGGGCAGGCGAACAAAGUGAUGAUCUACCGGUUUGUGACGCGCGCCUCGGUCGAGGAGCGCAUCACCCAGGUGGCCAAGAAGAAGAUGAUGCUGACGCACCUCGUGGUGCGGCCGGGCAUGGGCAGCCGCUCCAACACCAUGUCCAAACAGGAGCUGGACGACAUCCUGCGCUUCGGCACAGAGGAGCUCUUCAAAGACGACGAAGGCAAGGAAGACACAAUCCACUACGACGACAAGGCCAUCGGGGAACUGCUCGACCGCACCAAGGAAGGCAUCGAACAGAAGGAGCUCUGGGCCAACGAGUACCUCGGCUCCUUCAAGGUUGCGGCAUACGUGACGAAGGAGGCCGAGGAGGAAGAGCCCGAGACUGAGAUCCUGAAGCAGGAGGUGGAAUCUGCGGACCCGGCCUACUGGGAGAAGCUGCUGCGGCACCACUACGAGCAACAGCAGGAGGACAUGGCCCGGUCCCUGGGCAAGGGGAAGCGGGUACGCAAGCAAGUCAACUACACGGACGCCAUGGGGCCCCAGGACGACGCCACCUGGCAGGACAACCUCUCCGACUACAACUCAGACUUCUCUGUGCCCUCGGAUGACAAAGAAGAUGAUGACGACUUCGAGGAGAAGAACGACGGGGCCAUGGGAGAGAAGUCUCGCAAUCGCAAAAGCAGGGGUGGCAGCGAGAAGGACAGGCCACUGCCGCCGUUGCUGGCGCGAGUGGGCGGAAAUAUCGAGGUUCUCGGAUUUAACGCCCGACAGAGGAAGGCCUUCUUGAACGCUAUUAUGAGAUAUGGCAUGCCUCCUCAGGAUGCUUUUAACUCUCAAUGGCUGGUAAGAGACCUGCGUGGCAAGUCUGAGAAGAACUUCAAGGCGUACGUGUCGUUGUUCAUGCGACACCUUUGCGAACCCGGGGUGGACAAUGCGGAGACGUUUGCGGACGGGGUGCCUCGCGAGGGGCUCAGCCGCCAGCACGUGCUCACCCGUAUCGGGGUGAUGAGCCUCAUCCGCAAGAAGGUGCAAGAGUUUGAGCACAUCAAUGGCAGCUACAGCAUCUCGCCUGAGGAGCUGGGCCUGGACAAGAAGAAGACUGCGGUGGCAACUGCCGAGGGAGCGGUGGACGCGGACGGUGCGGCCGCCGGCUCCGAGGACAAGGACGGCAAGAAGACGCCGCCGGGCGACUCCAGGGACAAGGAGGCGGCCCCCAAAGACAAGGAGGACUCUGAGGCUGCUUCGGCGACAACUUCGGAAGAAGUGGACAAUGGAAAGGAGGGGGAGAAGAAGGACGAGAAGGCUUCUUCGUCGGCCGACGUGAAAGCAGAGCCAGAUUCCUCCGAGCCCACGGAGGGCAAGUCUGCUUCGGAGAAGGACAAGAAGGACGCGUCUGAAGAGGUGGACAAGAAGGAAAGCAAGGAGGGGGAAGCCACGGCCAAGGAGAGCAAGGAGGCUGUCACGGUGAAAAAAGAGCCCGCGGAGGAUGCCGGGUCUUUCUCGGAAGCCAAGGGCGCCCGGCCCGAGGCGGAGGCGGAGAACGGCAAGAAGGCCGAGUCCCCCGCCCGGGUUGAGGAGGACAAGAAGAAGGAAGGGGAGAAGGGGGAGGGGGUGGAGAAGCCCCCCGGCCCCAUUGUGCCCCUGGCCAAGCGCAAGUUCAUGUUCAACAUUGCGGACGGCGGCUUCACGGAGCUGCACACGCUCUGGCAAAACGAGGAGCGCGCCGCCGUGCCCGGCCGCGAGUACGAGAUCUGGCAUCGCCGCCACGACUACUGGCUGCUUGCCGGCAUUGUCAAGCACGGCUAUGGGCGGUGGCAAGACAUCCAGAAUGACCCGGCCUUUUGCAUCAUCAACGAGCCCUUCAAGAUGGACGUGGGCAAGGGAAACUUCCUCGAGAUCAAGAACAAGUUCCUGGCCAGGAGGUUCAAGCUUCUGGAGCAGGCCCUGGUGAUUGAGGAGCAGUUGCGCAGGGCAGCCUAUCUAAACCUCACCCAGGACCCAAACCAUCCGGCCAUGGCGCUCAACACCAGGUUUGCGGAGCUCGAGUGCCUUGCGGAAUCGCACCAGCACUUGUCGAAAGAGUCCCUGGCAGGGAACAAGCCGGCAAAUGCUGUCCUCCAUAAGGUGCUGAACCAGCUGGAGGAGCUGCUGAGCGACAUGAAGUCGGACGUGAGUCGGCUGCCCGCCACGCUGGCGCGCAUCCCGCCCGUGGCCCAGCGCCUGCAGAUGUCCGAGCGGGGCAUCCUGUCGCGCCUGGCCGGACAGCCGGGCACUGCCCUGGCGGCCCCGCCGCCGCCACCGCUGCAGGCCGCCGCCACCUCGGCCGCCAACGCCGCCGCCAGCGCCCAAGGCACCGCCCCCUCCUCGGCCGCCGCGGCCGCUGCCGCAGCCGCAGCGGCUGCCGCGGCCGCCGCCUUCUCGAGCCAGUCGGCCCUCGCCCAGGCCUCAGACACUGUUCCUCACCUGCUGAGCAGGUUUCUUGGAUAUUCCAGUGGAGCUGCGUCUUCGUUGAUGGCCGGCAACUUCCCGCACCCAUUUCGGGAAAAGUGAGCUGCGAAUGAAAGGACCUUGUACAGUUCCAACGAGAAUCAAACAAGCCUCCUUUGACGAAUCGGCGGACAGGCAUUGCCAGAUUCAUCGCAUUUCAUUCGACUUUGUUCCUUUUGUUGGAUGCAGCCGGCCUUCAUUUCUCACUAUCCCGACCAAAACCCUCGUUUUCAUUGCGGCCCACCGAGCCGCCAGCGGGUCGCUCUUGGCGGAACCAAAGUCCGGACCUCGCUUCACACACACCUUUCGUGCGCUUCAAUCUGUUUUCAACGGUUCCUCUUUUUCUUUUUCCUCUCUUGGCAGUUGGGAUUAUCGCGACAUAGGCACAACUGCCAACGACAGUUGCUUGUCAAAGAUCGACGAAGAGUAAUUUUUUUUAUAUCUCGAUCCCUCUCUCUUGCUACUUUCCUUCCUGUUGUCGUUAUUCCCCAUCUUCGUUUUCUCCCUCACUGUGCCAUUGUGUUCAUUCAAAGUGUUUUUAAGGUGCUUUCACGCUCUUUCCCGGCGCUUCUCGGACUUGCUGAGAAACCCCGACAAGUCUCGUGGACUUACGAAGAUCUGUUUUAUCAAGGUUUUAACGAAGAGAAGGAAAAAGAAUGUAACGUCCGCUCAAGUGCGAUGUUGUCUAUUUUGAUACGAAGCCAGCGGUUUGGAAUGCCCGCGAGGCUUUCGGACAGGUUCCCGUUUUUCGUUUUCAGUGCACAAAGGUUUUCCCGCAGCGCAAUAUCAGUUUCGCGAUUGUGAUGCCAGCUUUUCCCUCCCUCGUCCUCUACCUUUUUUUUUUCCUUGCGUUUUUUUUUUUUUUUUCGAGUGGUCGUGCUUUAGGAGUCGUUAAGCUCUGGCUAUUGCAGGAGAAGACCCAAUACCACAGUGCCGCUGAAUCAUCAAUUUCGUUGCAGGUCUGUGUUGUAAGAAAUGACUUUUGAUAGCCUAAUAUAUGUCGGGAAUCCGCAAAACGAAGGGCUAAAAAAAAAAAAAAAAAAAAAAAAGUCGUAGGGAGUACUGCGAAAGAUUGCAUGCAUGGACCAUCAACAACUGUUGAGCUAUUUAAGUGUUGCGAAUGAGCUUUCACAUGUCUGGGAGACUCUUUUUCACAAAGCUGGGGUCUGAGUUGUCGUACCUCGCAGAUGGAGAAGUCCUUUCCGUACCCGUGAAAAUUAGUUUCCUUGGCCAGUUGUGGUAGAUGAGUUGGAGCGGGGUCUACAGGAACAUCUUUAUUUUCACUGUGAUCAUUCUGAUUUUUUUUUUUUUUUCACACAUUAUUUGCCGUUGAUUUGUCCUUUUUAUUGUGGCAGUGUAGGUGAUACAAAGCUCUUCUAGGUGUGCAGGUGUCUUUCUGUACCAAGUUUUUUUUCUACCUGGUUUGGUACUUGUAGCAGCCAUUUUCCCGUGUAUAGUCGUCAAAAUAAAUCAUCAUUUCUACCAAA